AGUGAGCUGACGUCAGGUCGGUUCCUUGAAGUGGAGCUGAAUAAACCUUGAGAAGAGUCUCCUUCAAUCUGCUGUUAGUAACUAACACACACACACACACCGAGACUCAAUUACUGCCCAAUUCCCUUCUUUAUCAUUCGUCCCCGACCUCUCUUUCAUAACCAAAACCGACCAAGGAAACAAAGAGGCGACAAGAAGACCGAACCGAAGUGUUAGUUGAACUAAAAACCCACGUUGGAAAUAAGUAAAGUGUCGAAACUAAAAAAAGGUGUUAACAGCAGUUAUGUCAAAGAGCUAAAGACAACUCUAACAAUAUGGAGUCUGGAGAGCGGCUGGCCUCCCCUGCGCCCACCCUGUCUGCUGCUCGCACCUCCUCCCCCGCGGCCUCUUCCUCCUCCUCCUCUUCCUCUUCAUCCUCCCCAGCUCCCCACUCUAAGAGCAGCCUGGCCCCGAGCCCCUCAGCACUGGGAUCCACCCUCAGCACCUCUGGCCGUCUGUUUGGAGCACCAGGAGAGCAGCCCUUCAUUGGCUCCACAUUGUCAAGUGCCUUCCCUCUAGUCAACCACCCAGCCUUCGGAGCCCUCUACACUACCGGAGCAGGCAGGCCUGAGUUUGGAGGCCUGGGUUCCCUAGGCAUGUCAGCUGCUCUGGCUGCCCACCCUCAACUGGGAGCUCUCUCUGCAGAGUGGUGGCGAGCUGCUGAAGCCCAUGGACGGGGAGCUGCUGCCUUUCUACCCUCUUUCAUAAGCUUCCCUCCAUUCUUCACCCCUCACCUUCAGCCCAACCACAGCGCCAGCCCGGUUCAGAUCAGGAUGCCUGGCAAGAAUAGCCAUGCCCCACCCAAAGGGGUGAAUGGGGCAGUGAAUGGCAGCGGCGUCUGUCCUCCCACCACACAAUCAGGGAGCUUUUCUGCGAGUCCGGCUUCUGUUCAGGCAUCGACUAAGCCAACCAAAAAGUCAGACCCCUCUGAUAGUCACCGUAGCAGCCCUAAGAGCAAUCCAGAGUUGGUGGAAAAACCGAUCCACAAAACACAGAAGAAGCAACGGAAGAAGCCAGCAGACACUUGUGUGGCGAGCAACAGUGAGUCCGGCACAUCCUCAGACAGCUCAAGUGACGGGUCCCUCAGCAGUGAUCUGGAAGACUUAGCAGAGGAUGACGAAGAUGAUGAGGAUGAGGAUGAGGAUGACGAAGAAGAGGACAAACAGAGUGACAUGUCGGACUCAGAGAAGCGGAGCAGGAAGAGAACAAAGGUUUUGAUACCAGGUACUGGAACUGCAAAGACUGACAGACCAUUCUCUGGGGAGCUCCAUGACAAGAAAGACACCCAGGCUCACAAGGUCUCCUCCAACCCCCCUAACCUUUUGCCCUUACCCUGCUCUGCCUCCCCUCCUGCCUUGUCCCAAACGGCGCUGCUGGCCAUGCACAGCUCCAGGUCCUGGACAGAGGGCCCACAGCAACACUUCAGUGUGAUCCAGUCCACUGGCUUGGCUGCCAACUCAAAGCCCCUGGCACUCCUCUCUCAGCCCCAGAGGGAGUCUUCCUCCCCCAUAGCCCUCACCACAUCUCCAAAGGCACUCUGCAGCACUGCCUCUCCCAAACCUCCCAAACUGCUGCCCUCCUCCUCUCCCCAGCACCUGCCCCUCUCCCUCUGCUCCUCCCCUAAGCCUCGCUCAGUCCCCUCUCCGCCCCACUCAACUCUCCCACUGUCUACCUCCGCAAAACCCUUUGGUUUGACCUCAUCUGCAACAAGCUCCCAGAAGUCCUCACUGAAGCCACCUCGGUGCACUGUUCCUGGCUCGGGUAAAUCCAACAAGAAGAAACAGCUGGAAGCUUCACUUGCGCAGAUCAAUGAGUUCAGGCUAAAACAGACCCUCAUGUCCCAAGGGCAGACGUUCCCAGCUGAGCUGAAGAAGCAGCAGCAGGGGCCAAACAAGUCUCCCAAAAGGACGUCUCUGUCUUCAUCGCCAUUGCCACCCGCUCUGCCUCCUCCACCCCAGAACAAUCACUCCAACCUCUUCCUCUCGAGUGCCCUGCUGGGGCUCCCUGAACCUCACCACCCCAAUGGAGUCAUCCAAAGCAUCACUCAGGACGCACCUUUGGCCCUCAUCACAAAACCUCGCAAAGACUCUGCCUGUCAUGGCAAGUCCCCUCAGUGUGACUCUGAUGCUGGGUCAAUGCCUGUCAAUCUGAGCACAGGGGCGAGCAGGACCCAAACUACUGGCCAAUCUGGGCCACCUUCACAGCCCUCCACUACCUCACCCCAUGCCACAGGCCAUGGAUCCAGAAAGAACAAGACCACUAAGGGUAAGGGACAGACACCAGGGCUGGGACAGACACCAGGGCUGGGACAAGCGGACCCUUUAGCUGCCUGGAAGGGUUUCUCUCAGAACCAUCUGGUACAGUCUCUAGUAGAUUUGUUCCGUGGAGGAGAGCCCGGGAUCGGGAUUCCUGGAGUUGGUAUACCUGGAGUUGGAAUUCCUGGAGUGGGGAUCCCUGGGACAUGUAACCCCACAGCUGGUCUUCCGGCUAACAAGGAAUCUGAUGACUCAGGAGAUGAUGAUGAUGAUGAGGAUGACGACCUUGAGGAGGAGGAGGAGGAGGAGGAGGAUGAAGAGGAUUCAGAUGAUAGUCUUUCAGAGUCUGAUAGCAAUUCAGACAGCGACAUCUCUGGGAAGAAAGUGAAGGAGUUAAAACUGCUGCCGUCUGGAUCAUCUAAGAAGGAGAUGACUCCCCGUAGGCUAACCAAAGGCCCAGAACUACUGAACACCUCAACCAAUCACACCGCCACCAGCUGCUCCCCUCUCAACCUACAGGUCAUCAAAACUCCCACCAUGGUCACCAGCUCCAGUGCCUUGGCCUAUCACAGCUCUCCAGGCUCUUCCUCCUACAGCCUAGCAUCUCCAUUAGGCUUAGGGAAGAGGAAGAGGGUGAUGGAUGAGAAGGAGUUGAUGAUACCUCUGGAGUUGGGGUGGCGGAGAGAAACAAGAAUCAAAUCUGUGGCAGGGCGAUCACAGGGAGAGGUGGCCUACUACGGCCCGUGUGGCAAGAAACUAAGGCAGUACCCAGAUGUGAUGAAGUAUCUAUCCAGAAAUGGAAUAAGUGGCAUCACGCGCGAUAAUUUUAGCUUCAGUGCAAAGAUAAGGGUUGGUGACUUCUAUGAAGCCAGAGAAGGACCCCAGGGUUUACAAUGGAGCCUGUUGAAUGAAGAGGAGGUCAUUCCUCAUAUUUUGGCGAUGGAAGGCCGUAGGGGUCGCCCCCCUAAUUCAGACCGCCAGGUAGCGGGCGAAGGUGGCAAAGGUUCCCGACGGAGGAAGGGACGGCCCCCUAAUGUGGGCGAUCCACUGGUGCCCGAGGGCCCCAGUCCCAGUGAAGUCAAACUCCUGCGCAAGCUAGAGGCUCAAGAAAUAGCCCGACAGGCCGCCCAGAUGAAACUGAUGAGAAAACUGGAAAAGCAAGCAAUGGCGCGUGCAGCCAAAGAAGCUCGGAAACAGCAAGCUAUCAUGGCAGCGGAGGAGAGGAGGAAGCAGAAAGAGCAGAUCAAGAUCCUAAAGCAGCAGGAAAAGAUCAAGCGCAUUCAGCAGAUUCGGAUGGAGAAGGAACUCAGGGCGCAGCAAAUUUUGGAGGCCAAACGGAGAAAGAAGGAAGAAGCCGCCAAUGCCAAAAUAUUGGAGGCGGAAAAACGGAUAAAGGAAAAAGAGUUGAGGAGACAGCAGGCGGAGAUUCUCAAACACCAGGAGUUGGAGAGGCAUAGACUAGAUAUGGAGAGAGAGAGGAGGAGGCAACAUAUAAUGCUGAUGAAGGCUGUUGAGGCUCGCAAGAAAGCAGAGGAGCGUGAGCGCUUGCGGCAGGAAAAAAGGGAUGAGAAGCGACUGAACAAAGAGCGCAAACUGGAGCAACGAAGGCUGGAGCUGGAGAUAGCGAGGGAACUGAAGAAGCCAAAUGAAGACAUGUGUCUGUCUGAUCAUAAGCCUCUCCCUGAGUUCUCCCGCAUUCCUGGACUCAUCUUACCAGGACGUGCCGUGUCUAACUGCCUGAUGCUGAUGCAGUUCCUGCGAGGCUUCGGGAAGGUUUUGGGGCUUGAUUUGAAUGUGGAUGUGCCUACCCUGGGCAUGCUACAGGAGGGCCUGCUCAAUGUGGGGGACAGCAUGGGCCAGGUUCAAGACCUUCUGGUCAAACUGCUUUCUCUGGCAGUCUGUGAUCCCGGUUUGCCACCUGGACAAAAGACAAAAACCAUGCUGGGGGACCACCUGACCAAUGUUGGCAUCAACAGGGAUAAUGUGUCUGAGGUGCUACAGAUGUACAUGGGAGCCCAUUGUGCCAAUACUGAGCUGGCCCCUCUGGCCCUCAGUCUAAAGACCAAGGCCUUCCAGGCCCACAAGCCCACCCAGAAGGCCUCAAUCCUGGGCUUCCUGGCUAAUGAGCUGGCCUGCAGCAAAGCUGUUAUCAGUGAGAUUGACAAGAACCUGGAUCAGAUGGCAAACAUGAGGAAGGACAAGGUCAUCAUGGAGGGAAAACUGAAGAAGUUGAAGACCAUUCAUGCCAAACGUACUGGGAGGAGGGAGGCCAGUAUGGGGGUUGAAGAGAACCAGUCUAUGGGCACUCCGUCCUCUGCCGCCAAACGCAAGAGGAAACUGGGCGGAGACAGCGACGAUGAUGAUGACGACGAUGACGACAGUGAUGACCAGGCAGAGGACGAGGAGGACGAGGAGGAGGAAGAAAUUAAGAAGGUUAAAAAAGUGGAGACCUAUGAUGAGGAUGAGGUUGACCAAGCCACCAGUCUGGAGGAGCUGGAGAAGCAGAUAGAGAAAUUAGCCAAGCAACAUCAUCAGACCAGGCGAAAGCUGUUUGAGAUAUCCCAUUCUCUACGCUCCAUGAUGUAUGGCCAGGACCGUUACCGCCGCCGGUACUGGGUGCUCCCCCACUGCGGAGGGGUCUUCAUUGAAGCCAUGGAGAGUGGAGAAGCUCCAGAGGAACUGGAGGAGGAGCGACAGAGAAGGAGGAGAGCGGCAGAGGAGGUCCAGGUCAAAGAGGAACCUCAGGAGAUCGAGUUGCAGAAGGAGAACGCCACCAACCUCGAUGGACAGAGCAUUAGAACACAAGGCUUGGAGCAAGAGAACGAGGAGGAAAAGGAGAGGAAGAAAAACUCCACGGCCCUCUUCUACCAGCAGCCGGGCUGUAAUUCCAAACUGUUCACAUUCCGGGAUGACGGCAAGGACUUUGGCAAAGACACUGUAAUGGCAGAGGACAAGGAGAUUCCCCGUGUGAGACAUAACGGCAGCCCUGUGGGCACUCCUGUUGCAACAAGCACGGUAACAUCAUCCUCCCCCAUUCACAGUACCUCUGAGCCGGCAGUAGCAAAAAAAACCUCUUUUAAAGACACUACAAACAUCCCUCCCCUAGCCUCAACCUCUUUAUCUGUCCCGUGCCUGCCAGUCCCACAUGAAAGCCCAGGGAACACUCCUCCAACCUCAUCUCCGUACUUGUCAUUCCAAGCCAACGACCAGCUACUCAGAGUCUUGACAGAGAGGAGUGGACACUGGUUCAGUCUGCUCCCUCGCAACCCCUGUGACGUCACUUCCAUCACCACAAUUCCUCCCACAGCGCCCCGUGUGUCUCCCCAGGCGACCUCUACCCCAGCCAGGCCAAGAUCCCCACCUCAGUCCCCUGCCCUGCCUCUCACCCCUUCUGCUGCUUCAGCCUCAGCCAGCCCGCACCACCCAGCUGGCCUCCUCAACUACCCACUAUCCGCCCUGCAGGUGAAGGCUGGUGCUUCAUUGCUAGGAGUUUCUUUCGGAAGCUGGCCCUGUGGCAUGAUAAGUCCCAGCCUGCCUCUGUGCAGCAGCCCUAGUCCCAGCCCCAUGCUGGGUCACUCUCUGGAGGGCAACACGACAGCAAGUGUCUCCAGCAAAAGUGAAUCCCCUUUACCUCGCAUUGAAAAAACCUCAUCCAUCCCCUCUCCUACCCUAGAGAUGCCCAAAUCCCUGGACCACACCAUACCUCGGCCUAUUCCAGAUGAGAUGCUGACAGGGUGGUGGCGGGUGUCUGACAUCGAGGAGCUGAGGGCUUUAGUCGGUGCUCUCCACAGCCGAGGCAUGAGGGAGAAGGGCCUACAGAGGCAAAUGCAGAAAUACACAGAGAUCAUCCCCCAGGUCUGCACCAAACACAAAGAUGUGGCCAUGAUCGAGCUCCAUGAGCUGGAGGAGAGCCAGGUCAGUGUGGAGUCUGUGCGGGGCUGGUGUGUUGAGGAGCAGGCGAUGGAGAUGGACAUUGCCGUGCUGCAACAGGUAGAGGAGCUGGAGAGGAAGGUGACUGCAGCCAGCCUGCAGGUCAAGGGCUGGACAUUUCCGGACCCUCAAUCUGAGCGAGAGGACCUGGUGUAUUACGAGCACAAACCCUUCACCAAAUUAACGCCAGCGUCUGCACACGUGGGAGACAAGGACCCCAAGGAGUAUCUGGAGGAGCGGGGGGAGAAGGGCGGGGUGAUGCGUCACCUGGACAACCCGCUGGACAUAGCAGUGACACGUCUGGCUGAUCUGGAGCGCAACAUCGAGAGAAGGUACCUGAGGAGCCCCUUAGGUACCACCAUUCAGAUCAGGCUGGAUAAUGUCGGUACGGUCACUGUCCCUGCCCCCGCCCCAUCCACUAGUGCUGACAGGGAAGGCGGUGAAGAGGAGGUGGCCCAUGGUAUGAAGGUGUGGAGGAAGGCGCUGACUGAAGUGCGUAGUGCUGCUCAGUUGGCCAUGUGUAUUCAACAACUGCAGAAGUCUAUCGCCUGGGAGAGGUCAAUUAUGAAAGUGUAUUGCCAGAUGUGCAGGAAGGGGGACAACGAGGACCUUCUCCUGCUGUGUGAUGGCUGUGAUAAAGGCUGCCACACUUACUGUCACAAACCCAAGAUCACCUGUAUCCCAGAGGGAGACUGGUACUGCCCGGCCUGCAUAUCCAAGGCAAGUGGCCCAUCUCCCAAAAACAGAAAACCUCCAAACAAACCUGUAGCAUCCAGCGCAGGAGGUGGUAAGAAAGGUGGAGAGGGGAAGAAGAACGUGAAGCAGGCAGGUAACGGGGAAGUACCGGAGGAGGACCCGGCCAGCGCCAGCAGCACACCCAAGAAAGCAGCAAAAGACACCAGCAGGAAGAGGAAAACAGAAGAGAACGCACCUGCUCUGCCAGCAGCCAAUCAGGAGAGCCCUGUGUGUGUGAAGCGAGCCAAGACAGCUAGAGACAACAACAGGGAUCUGGGGUUAUGCAGGGUACUCCUUGCUGAGUUGGAGCGGCAUCAGGAUGCAUGGCCUUUUCUCACACCUGUCAACCUGAAAUCGGUCCCUGGCUACAGGAAGGUCAUCAAGAAACCGAUGGACUUCUCCACCAUACGGGAGAAGCUUGUGAGCAGCCAGUAUCAAAACCUGGAGACUUUCAUCAUUGAUGUCAACUUGGUCUUUGAUAACUGUGAAAAAUACAAUGAAGACAAUUCGGACAUUGGUCGAGCUGGUCAUAACAUGAGGAAGUUCUUUGAGAAGCGCUGGACUGAGCUUCUGAAACAAACAAACUAAACGUCUGUUCUGAUUUUGCCCAUAAACCCGUUCAACUUUUCAUAUCGGAGCACCAGGUUUUACUUUUACUUUUAUUUUCUGAUGGAGAUUGUGGCUUUGCAAGAUGGAAGAAGUCAAAUCCUUAAUAAGGAACCCAUGGUGUGCUUAAGAGAGAUGUCACCUUUAAAAAAAAAAAGAAAAAGAAAAAAAAAGAAGUUGUUACAUAAGGUGCACUGGAUUUUAUUACAACAGGGAUAAAAGCCCCAAAGAGUCCCAGAGAAAUGGGGUGUCGUAGUGCAAUACCAUUCCCUGUCUCAGAACACUGCACUGAAUAAUCCUCAACUGUCACUGAUGUGUCUGCGCUAGAAUACUUUCCACUACUUGUAAAUAGUCUUUUGUUAUUUAAUCGUAUUAUAGUGAAUGUAUUUAAUUUUCUAAUAAUUAUUUAUGAAUCAAGGUCCACUUCAUUUUCUAUGAAAAGGAAGAAUCAGCAGAACUGCUUUGAAUUAAAAAAGGAAUGUGUCUUUGUGUUAUAAUUUUUCUCCCAAAUAUCAAACAAAGCCAAGAAAAAAAAAACUGUUUACACUGUUCAGUGCUUUUGGGGCAUCAGAGGACUGUAUUCAUUUGUUCAAACUGUAACUCUGCAUUUAUUUACAGGAACAGCAGAAGAACAGUUAGACAAUGGUGAUUCAUGUGUAUAUACUGUUUAUUAAUGUCAAUAUUAUGUCUUGUUUGGAACAAUGUGUAAAAAAUUGUUUAAGAAUAUUAAGAUAUUGUUUAUGCCUUAGAAUGAUUGUAGCAUUCUAUUUUAGUGAACGUGAUGAAAACAUUAUCAUAAAUAUUGUUUGUACAGUAUAUACAUAUCCUCUGCAAACACUGUGGUAUCCUUAAUCUUGGUAGUGCCUACCCUUCCAACAGGGGCAUGUAGGGGAUGUUAUUGUUUUUAGUUUUCAUUGUUAUGAUGGAAUUCUUUUUUUUUUAAUAUGAUUUCAAUUCAACAAGGCCUCCGAAGUUGGACAGUGAUACAGAAAUCAUUCCUCACCAUCCACAGCAGAAAAAAAAGGAACAACAAGCAUUCAGUUAUGCUUCCAUGAUGCAUUUCCUCGUAAUCUGCCACAAUACAGAGGACCUAAGGCCAUUUGUAACCACUGUGUUGAACCUUGCUGUGUGUUGUGGCCUGAUGGAGGCAGCUAGAUUUUUUUGUACCCAAGUCAAGAGUACUUGAAGUUACUUUAUUUAAGAUAUUGUGGAAUAAAAGUAUCAUUCUUUUGUAGAAGCUUUAUUUUUCACUAGUGUGUGGCACGGACCUAUUAAAGGAUGUUUUUCAACGGAAA